UAAUUUUUGGAACAAGAUAUUUAAAAUUCAAGAGUAUUAAACUGAAGAAACUGAAGAAAAUGUCAGGGAUAAAAUUAGUCGAUAUUUACGAUUUUUAUUGGAAUCGGAAUGCCGAUCCAAGAACAAACGAUUUGCCAUUUAUCGGAUCGCCAAUCAUCAUUCCUUCCAUCCUAUUUUUAUACUUGUACGUCGUCUUAAAAUGUGGUCCUGAAUUCAUGGAAACUAGGAAACCGUACAACUUAAAAACAUUCGUGAGAUACUACAACGUCUUUCAAGUUGUCGUCAAUGCGUUCAUAGUGCAACAGUUCAUCAGUGCAGGCUGGUUCACCGAAAUAACCGUGUACUGCGAAGUACCGGAUUAUUCGUAUAAUCGUAGUUCUCUCAAGAUAAGUUAUACAAUGUGGUUGGUAACGAUGCUAAAAUUAAUCGAUCUCAUGGAAACGCUGGUGUUCGUGUUCAGGAAGAAACACAAACAAAUUUCAUUUCUCCAUGUGUAUCAUCAUGUGACUACGAUCCUACUCUCUUGGCUCACGACGAAAUAUGUUCCAGUCGCGAUGACUUCGUUCACUAUGAUGCUAAACUGUAGUAUACACGUGAUCAUGUACACUUAUUAUUUCCUUAGCACUUUUGGGACAAAGUUUCAGAGUGCAUUGGCCAGGUAUAAACCAAUAUUGACCAUCGUGCAAAUGGUGCAGUUUGUAAUUUUAUUCAUGCAAAACGUGCAAACGUUUCUCCCGUCUUGUCCUGUAACGAAGAUACCAGGCAGCUUCUCGAUAAUUAAUUUAAUUAUAAAUUUCAUUCUUUUCUACAAUUUCUACCAGAAAGAAUACGUGAGAUCAGCCGAGAAGAAGCGUUAAAUCAAAUCUACAAAGUGCACUCGAAUGUAAUCGGACGGAAUGCUUUUGAAAGAGGUAUCGAUACGAUUACAAUGAACAGUUUAGCUCGGAUUUAUUAUUAUUAUUUGUUUACCAAUUACGCAAAUAUCUAUGCAAAAACGAGAUCCGUGGAUAUUUAUUAUAAUAAAACCUAAAGGGAAAUCAUGGAUAUCACAGAGUUCAAUGUCUGUGUUGAAACUAAUGGUGGUAAACAUCAGGAAUCGAUUAAAUGCGAUGAAUUAUUAUAUUUCAUUGAAGUGACAUGCAAAAUCGACGAUUACCAUAUUAUUGAUAACAAUAGAAUGAAAUUACUUAUUAUGCACCAACGUGUACUAAAAUCACAUGCAUCAUAAUCCAAAUAAUGUAGAGAGGUUAUGAAAUCGAUCAAGAGUCAAGUUUAUUUAUCCGAAAAGAAAUCUGACGAAUUAAUAAAAAUUUGUCUACGGAGCUAACUAAAAACUACGUGAAAAUAUCUUUCAGUAUUUUUCGAUUCUUGUUGUUUUUUUUUUUUUUUUUUUGCUUGAUUCUUUUCUACUACUUAUGUGUGUAAAAUGUGAUACACAAGAAAAGAAAAUACCAAAGAUACAACUAUUUGUUAUUGAAUGUUUAAUAGAUAGAAUGCUUAUUUUCUUUCAUGUUUUUAAUCAUGUUCAAAGCACGAAUUUGCUGAAAAAAAUCGCAGUCUAUUGAUAAUAUAAAGGCACGAAAAACUGAUUAAUGCUUUACGAUGUUACAUCAAUCAAAUUUGAUUAUAUCUGAUCGUUUAUACAUGCGAGGUGUCGACUUCAGAUUGCCAAUAAAAUAAUCAUAAAUUUUGUAACUUUAGAAAAAUAGGUACAACGUUUAGCACGAUCUGUUAUGAUUUUCAAUGACUUUAGUAAUUCUAGAAUCUGAAUAACUAACAAUUAAGUAGAAAUAAAUAUGAAAAGUUUUAAACUUACGGCAGCAAUUUGAAAAACUUUCGUCAGAACUCCACUUACCUGAAACAUAAAAAUAAAGUUUAUAAUAUAGUGAUAACAAGUACGACUUUCACACAAGGUUUGAUCAAUUUUAUCAACACUUUGCAAGUGCUAACAAAUUAAUUAAAAUUCAGUAAACGUCGAAAACGCUCCUUUCUCUGUUUUAAAAAUUUAAAACUUGUCAAGUGUAACUGUAUAUAAAUCAGAUUAAAUGAAUCUGCGCGUUUCUACAAACGCUGGGAAAAGAAAAGAGAAAGUAAUGUGUAAAACUAAUUGAAAAUAAUUUCUUUUAUGGUUCACAGCCAAGUGAACCACGUCGAAACUUGAACAGACAGUGUGAAAGCACAGCAAUAACGGCUCGACACGUGAGAGUAUUCGUACUUUAAUUUAGUUUUCCUUCCAGACAGGAAAACUCCAAAUUCUAAUUAGGACAGAAGAGAACAGAGGAGUUUCUGUCCUGCUUUUCAAUAGCGAUUGGCACGUCACCACGAGAAUGCUAAGCUCCAAGCAGGGAUUAUGGGAUUGUGAACUAGUUGCCGAACUUAAGAGCGCGUGCUAUGGCUCGGCAUGGGAAACUUGCAUGCUCCACGCGACAGACUUACACAGGCAACGCAUACGAAAUUCGAUCGUUCAACUAUUUCUUUUCACACUUGCAGCGUGCAAUUCGUCUUUCAUCUUGGUGCCUCGCAACUUUUAUUCGAUUAAAAGGGAGAAAGGUAUAAACGAUUUUUAUUUCGACAGAUAUUGAACGUUCGGUCAAAUCAAUUAAAUAUUUAAAUAUUUUCUUUUGACAUGUCAGUACAGUCGAUUUCUGACUGCUGUUUUUGUAAAUUAACGUCACCCGAAGAGUCGCUAGAUCAUGGACUUUGAAAAAUCUGUAUGAUACUUAAAAUGGUAAAAAUUCCACAGACUGCGAGUGAUAUCGGAAAGUUUAUAAAAACAUUCCAAGUAUAAUGCCCAUUUUCAUUCUACAUUUUAAUUAUAUUCUCGAAAAUAUGAAUUUGCAUAGAGGUUUAAUUAUCAUAUCAAGCAGGUUUCAAGCUAUUGUUUGCUCGAAGUGAGAAAGUAAAUGGAGAUAGCUUAAUAUUCUUUAUUUCACGAAGUGAAAAAGUAUUGACCGAAUACAUUAACAUAGACAUUCAACGACCGAGAGGAAGGCCAAUUAUUAUACAAAACGGAAGUCACAAUUUAAACUUUUCAUUCGACGCAGAGCACUUCGAUUAAUGAAACGAAACGCUAAUAAAUUCUUCUUUCCAAGA